CGUGCCUUGUGCAGUUUUGUUUCAUUACACCCCGCCUCUUUACACUGAAAGGAAAGGUACCAUGAAAAAGGCUUUUGCUGCACUCAUAGCUCUCUCCAUCGUUUAUGGACUUUGCAGUGCAAAAGGGUGAGACGCAUUCAUUUUCACUGUAUGUAAGAUUACUGAUAGGGAAACCAUGGUUAAAAUACGCAUAGGCAAUCAUAAAUUAAUGACUGAAUCAGGUAGAUACGACCAGAAUAGAGAGAGAUUAGACCUGGUUUUCAAGCUUUACUUUCGGCAGGUCUCACUGUCCAAGACGAAUUUCACUCUCUCUUCACUUCUCUUAAGUAUUCUACUCUAAUGGCCAAAUUUAAAUUUACAAUAAAAUGUACCUUCAUUUUCAAAAUAUCGAACAAAUUUUUUUUCAGUAGAAAUAACGAUGAAAUUUGUCAUACCCUUCCCUGACGAGUUUACACGGUAAAUUGUUACAACUUUAGCAUAAUGAUAAGCUUAAUCUUUCCUGCUACCUGAACUUAUUUGUCAUGUAAAAUGUUCCUCCAUUUUGUUUUCUUUGGUAAGUGUUAUGGGCUUUGUCAGAUAUUCAUAAAGCUACAUGUUGUGUUUUGAAAGUACCCGGCCAGCUAAAUUGCGCGCUUCUUCUUCGGUGCCUUUAUCGUUUUAAACUUUCGCACGUAAACCUGAUACUUUCUUUUAAACCUUAACCAGUCGCUAAGCCUCAGAUGUCUGCUUGUUGCCUGCUUCCUGUGUGUUUCUCUCUAUCAGAGUCGCAGCCGCUGUAUGAGCGUAUAAUCACAGACUAAUUUAGCGGAGAGUGCAUACGAAAUUCAGCCAAAUUAGGAAAUUACAAAAUGCCCGUUAAAUUAAGAGAAACAUGAAAAUAACCGCUUAAAACUUUAAAGGAAGGUUAAAAUAACAUAACAGAAACAACAGAUGCCACGGAUGGGCAAAACUGAAGAAGAUUGAAACGGGUUGAAAUUAGGGUUUUUGAAAACUGUUCAGCCCCUGCUGCUUGCAACUUCAAAAAUAAUGCUCAGGAGACAUAUUUGUUUGUCUCGGAUCUCUGAUUUUGUCAUUUACGUGUAAUUUCUUUGCUUACUUUAAGUUCCAUAACGAUUGAGGGCGAGUGAUUGGCAAAAUUAAACAAAAUAAACUGGACUGCCGCGACACAGCCCCUUUAAUUCUGUUCAAUUUCUAAAGAAUUCUUUCGAAGCUGCGUCUUCCAGAGCCUUAAUUUUGGGGAAAAACGCCGUGUGAGAGUUCUUUAAACAAACAUCUGUUUCUAAAAAGCUGGUACACCACAAGCCUAGACCACUUUUUCUGAAUUUUCUGGAUCUACCCCUGAUGAUGACAGCUGUUCAGAAAUCUUCGGCUAUUUACGAGAAGAAGACCUUAACAUGGGCGCACAUUCUUGGGCUGCUGGGGGCUGUAGAUUCCCGAAAGGCAAAAUCCCGGAGGACCAUACCGCCAUACAUGGGAUAUGUAUAUAGAUAUGUGCCGCUGUGAAGGUUAGUCUGGGAUGGGUAUAGAAAUCAGAGAGUUUAAAACUACAAUGGGGUACCAUCUUCCAAAAAACUGAUAAAUUGAUUGAAGAUUUUAGUCUAGACUAUGGACGGCGAGCGAUGAAAGGCAGCUGUAUUGCAAGCUUAAUAAUAGUUACUUUAAUAUUUUCAACAUAAAUUUGUCAAAUGACAGGUUAAUUAAAGAAAAGAGUGUUCAAAAUCAUCUACUAUAGGAACACACUGGAAUUCAGCUACAACUAAUCCUGGCCUCAGAAAUAUACUACGUACUGAAAAUGAAAUUAACGUACUGCUUCUUAAUGAGAUUAUGGAAAGGAUGAGCUCCAAUCUUGGACAUGCAAAUACAACUCGUAAAUAUAACUGCUUCUGUCUGAACAGGGUCAAAGGCCUAAGACAGCUUUUCAUUUAAGCUCAUUUAAUUUCAAGGCUAGGCAUUAAAUUCACUAAAAGACAGACAGAUUAUAAAUAGCUACGAAAACCAGAGAAAACAAUCUUUCUUUCCCCCCAUUGCUUGAACGAAUCUUGAUAAUUUAUCGAUCUAAAGAAAACAAAAAUGAAAAAGGUUGUUUAGUGUAAUCAAUGCUUUCAACUGCGGGAGUUUAUAUCUUUUGUUUUUGCAUUUGCUCUGGUCUCGGAUUCCACGAAUCACUUUAGGUUUACUGAGUUGAUUACGUCAUGAUACUUGAUCUGUCUCAUGGGCUAGCGUUUCCGCUCGAGUUAAUGCGCGAAAACUGGAACGAGAACAAAUUAAAGAAGAAAAGAAGAGUUUUUGCGCACGGAAACGCUUGCUACACAGGCUACCCACGGGCCACCUUGCUUUGUCGAGCCUUGGCUUGCAUAUCGAUAGGAAACCUUCCGGCAGUGAACAUAACUUUGGGCUCCUGAAUUUGUAGGAAAGUCAGCCGGUGUACGAUCAAGUUCGGCCGUGCCUUCUAGAUUCAGGAAGAUUGUAUCGUCAAGAGCAAGGUGCAAUUAUCAGAGGAUCCGUUCAAAAGACAUUUAAUCUCGAGAAAAUCAAAUUUUAAGGGAAUCUAGAUCGAAUGGUUUCUACAGAAUAUGGCUCAUUUGUAAAUGUAAAACAAAAUAUAUUUACAUAGAGCACCUCAAUUAAUCCUUAUCAAAUCCCUCUUUCUAGCAAUGUUUUCACACUCGUUUUUAAAGAGAUUUAAACUAUGAUUGCCAAUUGAAAUUGCAUUUCAAAAGCGCUUCGUUUCAAGAACAAUAAUGGUAGUAGUGACAGCAACAGACCUAUUUUCUCUUCUAUAGACUGCAAUCCUCUAAUGACACCGUUUGCCAGCGUUUUCCAAAGGAUGUUGUGAUUGGUUUUGGUAAGUUUUCUGUCUGAUUAAAAAACCCUUCCCGCAUUUCAUCCCAGUGAGCACACACAAUUACAAGUGAAUGAAGACGAGAAAAAAAGUUCAUCAGAUAUCGAGUUUAUGUCCAGAGUUUGUGCCUUCGACUGUGUUUACAGCAAUGCGGAAAAGGUCUAUGCUUGAUUUCCUGUCGAAGACUUGGUACUUUCCAUGUCUGUAUGCAAUGUGUCCGUGUGUGUACUGCACGUGAUUUUGCCCCUACUUUACGUUUCUUUUUACUUGUCCCUGUGUGUGUAAAGCAAGUGAUUUUGUCCCUGCCAUACGUCCCUGUCACGUGUCCCUGAGUGAGUACUGCACGUGAUUCUGCCCCUGCUUUUCGUUCCUUUUUACUUGUCCCAGGGUGUGUACUGCACGUGAUUUUGCCCCUGCUAUACGUUCCUGUUGCCUGUCCCUGUGUGUGUACUGCACGAGAUUUUGUUGCUAACACGCGUUGCUUUGACAUGUCUUUGCAACACGAGCCCUCGUUUUUCCUUGUCUCCCACGAAACCCUUAUGACAUCACUUACCGUUUUUUUGGUCCAUUUUAGUUAGGGCAGAGGCGCGGUUCAUUACACAUGAUGUGGGUGAAUGCAAGGAAGUAACUCAACAGGUAGUGAACUAUAUCAAAUGUCGUUAAGUGCUCUCUUUCAUCCGUAAUUCCACAUAGUACAUACAGUUUCGUGGUAAAUAAGUCUAUUUCCUGUUGUGAGCCAAAUUUGUGACUUGCUUGAUUAGUAAACGCAGCAGUAGCUCGGCGUUAGAGCGCUGAACUGCGGAGAGGGAGGUCGCGAGAUAAUUGACACGACCGAACAACUUAAGUCUAUCUAUAUUUAUAACUAUUUCAAAAACUGGUUGCCAAAAUUUGGUUAAGUUGCUUUUUAAGUAUGAGGUUUAGGUUUUGGUCCUGGGAUUUUUUUAACCCCGAUUUUUGCUCCAUUCGAUCAUCCCCGUCACAGUAAAAUGCGAACCACUCCCCUGGGAGAGGUAAAGUAGGUAUCAGCGGGCUUUGUCUGUCAACAGUCUUAACAAAGUGGAACGUUUGUAAGCACCAUAAUUUUUAGGUAACUUCGACAGCUCUCUUAUUUUUCUUGAUCUUAAACAAAUUAUGAUGAUAUGUGAUUUCCCUUUUAGGAAUUUUUUAUAAUCCUUGUACAUAAUUUUAAAGUAAUUUUUAAUUUUCCAAUGUUUAUCAUGUAGUUAUAAUUUACGCAAGGCCCCUUUUGAUACCAGCCAAUGGCUGAUAGGGCUAGCCUGCCUAAGUAAAGUUGACUUGACCUGACUUGACUUGACUUGACCAUGUUACUUUCUCAAGUACUGCAUUUGUAACCUUUUUUUUUAAAUUAGCCUCCGGCUCCAGACCGAACUAAUAAAACCGGCAACAGCUGUAUCCCACAAAGCACCACAGAGGAACGUAUCUUGGUGUAUAAUCAGCAUGUGAUUAUAAAAGAUACAAUUCGUGCAUGUCAGAAAGUGCCGAAUAGUUGUAUGCGCCUGCCACAUACAGUCACGUAUUAUCCGGGAACCAAGUAUAGCAAGAGCAUCGAUGUGGGCAUUUGUGGGGGAGGCUGUCAAGAGGGCUUCGCUUGCAAAUCUGUCAUGAAUGAAACAGAAGCCAUACGCAGUCCAAAUGGUGAGUAAAUCAAGCACGUACAGUAAAACCUCGAUAUAGCAAACACUCCUCCACCCCAGUUAUAGUUACAUGUAUCCGACAUGAUCCGUAUCCUAACAUAACGCACUCCCGUCCCAGUCCCUCGGUACUUUUUAUUGCUGGUUUACAGAUGACGUCAUGGUGGCCGCCGUCUUGGUUGCCAAAAGUACAACAGCUUUUCACUCCGAUGGAAACUCGGACGAACUAAUCUUCUUUAUAGCUAGAAAUUGAAGCCGCCCAUUUUACACCCUCUCGUCAAAACUAUAACGUUAUUUUCUCGAUCUUUAACGAUGGUAGUUGUUAUAAUUUGUCUUUCAAAGGUAUACGAAGCAUUCCAGUCAUAAAGCAGUGCUCAUGCGUGAAACCAUACUGCUACAGAGCAACACAUUUUGAAGCGUUUCUUGAACAAUACCCUGAUGGUAAAGGAAAGAUGGCUACCAGGACUAAGGUUUAUAAACAGCGUUAAUAUCAAUGAUGCAUCGAAUAAGAGUAUUUAACAUGUUUUAAUAAUCUGUUUUUUUUUUGUUUUUUUUUUUUUUUCAAACGGCAACUUGAGAAACACGAGAAGCUUAUUAUCGUCAGCCGUGAAAAGGCCAAAAAAUAUUGACCGCGGAAAAAAAGGUGAACCGAAACAAAUCUGACGACCUCAUGUGUUUUACAAUGAUGGAAAUAAAGUGAAACAUUUAAAAUGAUUCAAGAUGGAUGGGAAAAAUAAAAGGUAGUCGUUUAACUGCCAAAUUAUAAAGUAUAGAACAAACAACAACCAAAUUUAGUCGCUCCAACCGGCAAGAAUGGCCCUCCACAUUGAUCACGUCAGAAGAGGAAAUUUCACCACUCGUUUGUAAGCAUAAUUCUUCUUACUGUCACUCGUUGUGCGUGAGCAUUCUUUUUAACUCUACUGCCUUGGAUCGGGAAUGCAUUAAUGCAAACUGUCUUCGCAACUUUAAAAUCUCAAACUGUGGUGAAAUUUGCUCCUCUGACGAAAACAUGCAUAAGAGCUAAGAACAUUUCCGAGUUGCCGCAAGUCUCUGUUUCCUUUCAUUGGGGUGAAAAUGAUUUAUUUAUUCUCAUGCAAAUAUAACUCAUUUUCACUAGAAAGGUUUUGAACUUAGCCUCGUNUCGAAUAAGAGUAUUUAACAUGUUUUAAUAAUCUGUUUUUUUUUUGUUUUUUUUUUUUUUACAAACGGCAACUUGAGAAACACGAGAAGCUUAUUAUCGUCAGCCGUGAAAAGGCCAAAAAAUAUUGACCGCGGAAAAAAAGGUGAACCGAAACAAAUCUGACGACCUCAUGUGUUUUACAAUGAUGGAAAUAAAGUGAAACAUUUAAAAUGAUUCAAGAUGGAUGGGAAAAAUAAAAGGUAGUCGUUUAACUGCCAAAUUAUAAAGUAUAGAACAAACAACAACCAAAUUUAGUCGCUCCAACCGGCAAGAAUGGCCCUCCACAUUGAUCACGUCAGAAGAGGAAAUUUCACCACUCGUUUGUAAGCAUAAUUCUUCUUACUGUCACUCGUUGUGCGUGAGCAUUCUUUUUAACUCUACUGCCUUGGAUCGGGAAUGCAUUAAUGCAAACUGUCUUCGCAACUUUAAAAUCUCAAACUGUGGUGAAAUUUGCUCCUCUGACGAAAACAUGCAUAAGAGCUAAGAACAUUUCCGAGUUGCCGCAAGUCUCUGUUUCCUUUCAUUGGGGUGAAAAUGAUUUAUUUAUUCUCAUGCAAAUAUAACUCAUUUUCACUAGAAAGGUUUUGAACUUAGCCUCGUUUUGAAAGUGAGAUUUUGUGGAACUCGCAAGUAGCCUAUUUAUAAUACUAUGGUGUUUUAAUGGCAAUCACUUCUUAGCUUUCUCUGUUUUAGUCUAACGUCUAGUGUCAAUGCGUAACUUAACUUUUAGUAAUAGAGUUUUUUCUUUAAUAUAAAAUAAAUACACGUCUUUUUCUUUUCAGUUGGUGGACAUGGGUAAAUGCGUCUAUGAAGACUCCUGCCCCUCCUACAAGAAUCGUGAUGGGUGAGUCAAUUGUGAUACAUGGAGGUUCCAAAGCCAAACUCAAGUGAAAAUUCCAAAUUUACUUUCCCGUAAUUUUUUUUUUAAAUUUUAAUAACGAAUAACAAAUAUUCAUUCGUGAAGAAAAAAAACGAACAAUGAAAACCGAUUCGCGGCCCUUAUGUCAUACCAACUGAGCACAAUUUUAACUGAACCAACAUUAUGAAAGAAUUAUUUUAGCCCACUGUGGACCUCAUUUCAACCCUGAAGUCCAAAUGUAAAUAAGCGAUAACAUUGCGCCGAUACCCCUCCCCUAGCGCCUAAGCCAACAUUUUGCUAAGUGAGAAGUUAGCGUUAAUGUUGGAUUAGGGGAGGGGUAGGUGGGCAGUUUCCCAGAAACGUAUAAUGAAUGCGCUCGGCACCGUCUUGAAUAUUCACGGUAAAGAACUGGGCUCGAUCUUGUGGCGUCACUGGAUAAAAAAAUAUCCGGGUUUAGCGUCCACACGAUUCCGGAUUCUUAGCGGAUUCAAACAUUCCCACAUCUGGAGAGCGGAUCCAAAAGGCUGCGGAUUCGUAAGGCGGAUACACUGGAUACGUGUGGACGGAAGACAAAUUCGCAAAGAAAAAGUUGCGGAUCCAAAAAUAUCAGGAUACGUGAGGACGGGGCCUAAUUUUUUGAAACCUGGAUACAGUCCUUUAGAAUAUAACUCCAGAAAAAUUCCCAAACAUUGGGAAAUUGAGCGACAUGGAAAAAGAGCGAUGAAUACUGAAACAGUGUGGACUCACUUUUUAAGAGACCCAGUCCUACGCAAUGUGGAGCUCUGACAUGAUUAGGAUGCCUCAAAAUACGUCACUCGCCCUAGGUCCAAAAUGCCGCGGCUUAAGGGACUGGUCAAAAAGUAUAGGGGGGGUGGGCCAGAGCAUUUGGAAAUGUGGUUGAUAAAAAACACAUGACCCACCCCCUCCCUUCGGCACAAAAAUGACUGACCCACCCCAAAAGCAAGGUUAGAAAUUGCAUGACCCACCCCCUAGUUAAAACAUGGAUGUUCGGUUUCCUCUUAAUAAUCCAAUAAAACCUUGUUCUGUGCUUGACAAAAUUUGUUGAUACACUGCUACAACCAAUAUCAAAACCACAGAAAUCAUACCUUUCACUGAAAAGACGAAUGUGGAAAACCGAACAUUUCUUGUUUCAAUGGACGUUUAAAUAUGAGUCUUGACACAAAUAUACAGCAAAACGAGGGUAUAUUGAAAUUUUUUGUCACAAAGCAUAUGAAAAUUUCAACAAAGACAACCCAUUCCUACACAUUACUUGCCGGAAAUGCUUAGAUUAAUCCUCAAAGAAAAUUUCUUCCACUUCAGUGGAAAGCACUACCUACAAAACCAUGGAACUGCAAUGGGCACAAAGACAGCAGUUUUGAUUCCUUUGCCAAUGUUUUCAUGACAUAUAUUGAAACAACAGCUCUAAGCAAAACUGUCUUUAGAACAACAGUUUGGGAAUGCCACAUACAGCCUGCACAUACACGAUAUCUUUUCCCUAUGGGACAUGAGUAAACCAGACAUUGAAGCCUUCAUUGAACAAGCAAGCUUACAUCACCCAACUAAUGAAUUCACGGCCGAAACAUUUGACACUGAGACUGCGUUUUUAGACACGGUUGUAUACAAAGGCACANACCUACAAAACCAUGGAACUGCAAUGGGCACAAAGACAGCAGUUUUGAUUCCUUUGCCAAUGUUUUCAUGACAUAUAUUGAAACAACAGCUCUAAGCAAAACUGUCUUUAGAACAACAGUUUGGGAAUGCCACAUACAGCCUGCACAUACACGAUAUCUUUUCCCUAUGGGACAUGAGUAAACCAGACAUUGAAGCCUUCAUUGAACAAGCAAGCUUACAUCACCCAACUAAUGAAUUCACGGCCGAAACAUUUGACACUGAGACUGCGUUUUUAGACACGGUUGUAUACAAAGGCACAAGAUUCAAGGAAAAAUCUAUCCUUGAUGCAAAGACACAUUUUAAACAAACGGAAAGCUUCUUCCACACACAUUUCACUUCGUGUCACCCUCCAAAUGUUGAAAAAAGAAUUUGUCAAAGGAGAAGCCUUAAGACUCCUACGAAAAAACUCCUCAGAAACAACCUUUGACGAAAAUAAUUCAAAUUUAAAAAAAAAACGCUUGAUGGACGGAGGCUACCCACAAUCUUUCAGGGGCACCCAACGUCAAUUUUCGGAAAAUAUCUGUUCGAGAGACGAUUUGAGAUCUAGAAUUUUCGGAACAUUUGUUGUAAAACUUCUUGUUUGUCUGCCCCUCCUAGGAUUUUCAAACAUCUAAAAAAACGGUAUAAUUGCUCAUUUUUUGAUCCCUAUAAUUUUCGUAUCACUAGACUUUCAGCUAGGAGAUCCGAACAGAUGGAAAAUUUUUAGGGGAUAAAAAUAUGCCUAUAUCUACUGUUUAAAUUGGUUUUGAAGAGUAUUCUCGUUGGGUGCCCCCUAUCUUUGAUAGAAAACCUACUAUCAGAAGUAAAAUUCACAAAAGGGAGUCUAAACUCCUAAAACAAAACAACAAGGAGGAAAAAGAAAUAUUGCCAUUUGUGACACAAUACCAGCCUCAGUGCCUACUAUAAAGGAAGCUUGAAUGAAAAAAUGGAAUCUUAUACAAAACCAACUAUAACUUCAAUAAAUUUUUAAGAACCACCAAUCAUUUCCUUACAAAAAAGAAGAAAAACGGGUCACAGAGGGUUCCACCCCUGUAUAGAUGUGCGGCCUGUCAACCUUUGUAUUUUCUCGCACAACAGGUUUGUGAGUAUUUUAGCAAUAAUUCCAGUUGGCUUUGUUUUAUAUAAUGAGAGUAGUCAACUGUCUUGUUAGUAGUUAGUAAAAAAUAGGGUGACCCACCCCCUAAGGGUAGCUGAAAAUUGCAUGACCCACCCCUUGCACAAGGCUCAAAACCUCAUGACCCACCCCCUCUCUGCUCCGGCCCACCCCCCCCCUCCCCUAUACUUUUUGACCAGUCCCUAAGAUAUCAAUUCUACAUAUUUAGCAAUCUGUAAAAAAAGGAGAUUUAUCUAAAAUCGUGAACAAUCUGUGGCCUCGUUUAUUACAAGUUUUUUUUAUUAUUAUUCUAGCUUUAAUAGUCUGUUAUUCAGUUUAACAAAUUUGGGGUUAUAUGCACUUUAAGCUAAAUAAGCACUCAUAGACACGAUCCCAGCCCUUUGAGUAAUGUACAUGCCAUUUAUCCAUUUUUAUUUCCUACUCUCUGUAUGUAUCACUUAAUCGUAAAACAAGCAUUACAUUGCGCAGACCUUUUUUUCCUCAUACACUGCUUAGCCAAACGAGCUCCGAUGACACACUCACAGGCAUAUCACUUCAGUAGGGUAUGCCUUUUUCAUUCAAGCGAAGCACAGACGCCACAAAAUCAUUACAAAUGAUUAAUAAAAGGCUGACCUUGAAAUCUACAGUCACUUCAUGUUGGUUUUAUGAAAAACAAAAUCGACCGACUUACCCAUUGACUCUUUAUUUCUUUUCAAAUAGACCAAGAAGAGAUCCGGCCUCAUGGCCACCCAGAUUUUGGCCGGACACCUUAUGUGAAUCGGAGAAAAAGAAGUACCACACAUUUAUCUCAAGUGGAGGUCGUCACAUGAACAUCUCUACCAUAGAAACGUGCCACUGUGAAUCCUAAACACAACGGAUACUCAAGCCAAGUGUGUGUUUCUCACCGAUUAGGCUAAGCUAAAAUCUGUCGUUAAGCUGUCACGUUGCCAUUUAUUAGGAUUUUUUCAUUUGUUUCUACUAGAGCUACCUCUUUCCCUUUGUUUUUGUAGAAAUUUUUUAAGAAAUUGAUCAAUUUAGAAUUGCGAAGUAACUCAAUAAAGCCUGUGUGU